CAGGCCUGAGGUGGGUCACCCACACACCCCGAGGCCUGCCUCCUUCUGGCCCUUCCUGUGUCUGGGUUUGAGGUACAGCUCUGGAUUGCUCAGACCCGAAUUCCACUUUCUCACCAUCCGAUCAACCAAGAGAACCUGGGUGUGAGUACCCCCAGAGCAACCAAGGAGGGGGCAUCGGAAGAACCAGAGCUAGAGCCCCCGGGGGCCCUCCAGCGCCAGAGUGAAACUGGAACCAUCAGGGAACAUGAGUGAAUUCUGGCACAAACUAGGAUGCUGUGUGGUGGAGAAACCCCAGCCGAAGAAGAAGAGGAGACGGAUCGACCGGACCAUGAUCGGAGAACCAAUGAAUUUUGUGCACCUGACGCACAUUGGCUCUGGGGAGAUGGGGGCUGGAGACGGCCUUGCCAUGACAGGAGCUGUUCAGGAGCAGAUGAGAUCCAAGGGGAACCGAGAGAGGCCAUGGAGCAAUUCUCGGGGCUUAUAGCUCCCCCCAGG